AUGGUUUUCAAGGUUGCUGACAUUUCUCUGGCCGCUUUCGGUCGCAAGGAGAUCGAAAUUGCUGAGAAUGAGAUGCCCGGUCUCAUGUACAUGAGGCAGAAGUACGGCGCCUCGAAGCCUUUGAAGGGAGCGCGUAUCGCAGGAUGCCUGCACAUGACUAUCCAGACUGCCGUCCUCAUCGAGACGCUGGUCGCCCUCGGUGCUGAAGUGACCUGGUCGUCCUGCAACAUCUUCUCCACCCAAGACCAUGCCGCCGCUGCCAUCGCCGCGACUGGCAUCCCCGUCUUCGCGUGGAAGGGUGAGACCGAGGAGGAGUACAACUGGUGUAUCGAGCAGACGCUCGCCGCCUUCCCUAAUGGCCAGCCCCUGAACAUGAUCCUCGACGACGGUGGUGACCUGACUGCCCUCGUCCACGACAAGUACCCGCAGUACCUUAAGGACAUCAAGGGUGUCUCCGAGGAGACCACCACCGGUGUCCACCACUUGUACAGGAAGUUCAGGGAGGGCACGCUCAAGAUCCCUGCGAUCAACGUCAACGACUCUGUUACCAAGUCCAAGUUCGAUAACUACUACGGCUGCCGGGAGUCCCUGGUCGACGGUAUCAAGCGCGCAACCGACGUCAUGCUUGCCGGGAAGGUUGCCGUUGUCGCUGGGUUCGGCGACGUCGGAAAAGGAUGCGCCGAGUCCCUCAGGUCGUACGGAGCCCGUGUGCUCGUCACCGAGAUCGACCCUAUCAACGCCCUGCAGGCUGCUAUGGCUGGUUACGAAGUGACGACCAUGGAGGAUGCUGCUCCGCGGUCCAACGUCUUCGUUACGACCACCGGUAACAGGGACAUCAUCACCGGCAAGCACUUCAAUGUCAUGCCUGAGGAUGCCAUUGUUUGCAACAUUGGUCACUUCGAUGUUGAGAUCGACGUUGCAUGGCUCAAGGCUAACGCUAAGCAGGUCGUGAACGUCAAGCCCCAGGUCGACCGGUACACCAUGGCUUCCGGCCGUCACGUCAUCCUCCUCGCCGAGGGCCGUCUCGUCAACUUGGGCUGUGCAACCGGCCACCCGUCCUUUGUCAUGUCCUGCUCCUUCGCGAACCAGGUCCUGGCUCAGAUCGCCCUCUGGACAACCCCUGAGAAGUUCCCUCUCGGCGUGCACAUGCUCCCGAAGGAGCUCGACGAGGAGGUCGCGCGCGCGCACUUGGCCAACCUCAACGUCAAGCUGACCCAGCUCACGCCCGAGCAGUCGUCGUACCUCGACAUCCCCGUCAACGGCCCGUACAAGGCGCUCCACUACCGCUACUAAGCGCUGGUGGCUAUUAUCUAUCUCCCUCAAAAUCAUCUCAACGUGAUGAAGACGGCCUCAACGCGCCUCGCCAAAAAAUUGAGUGGACCCGGGGAUCUUCAACGUCCCUUUUGGUGGAGACGAUGGUUGUGACGUGUGCGGGAGUCUCAACGCUCUCCCGCCGCCGUUACUUGGAGGAGAGGAUGCGGACUGCCUCGCAGGAGGGGUCGGCAGCUCUGCUGGUCUUUGGACCGAGAGUCGGGUCGGGGGGUUGUAGUGGCAGUUAAUGGGUAUCAUGUCUUUUAACGGAAGUUAAUGCAAUCGCGUUCCUUGAAUGUAUUAUGAAUUUCUGGACCACGGCGAAGUCGUGGUCGUGAAACGAAAUUGUGCCUGUCUACAAGAUGGCCACCCGUCGG